ACUGCUCCUGCCCAACGUUCCUGAGUCUCAGACUGAGUACUGCACCCUGUUUCCAGGGAAACCCAGUUGCCACAGCAACGGCCAUGGCUUGGUUGGACAUGUGGCUUCCCCAGCCGAGUCGGGCAGCUUUGUGCACAGCAGGACGAGCCGAGCCUCCUGCAGGUGCAAGGCAGGUGUGCUGAGUAGGGUGCUGGCCGGCAGGCAGGGCAGAGGAGCCUUGCCAGGGAGCCACGCCUGCACUUUCGGCCGUGCUGUGCUCCGGCCAGCCAUGAGCUCCUGCUCCAGCGAGCCUGGUGACGGGGCCUCCGCCGAGCGGUCCCCGCUGGGCCUGGACGCUGCAAUCCAGAGGUUGGAGGACACCAUCCUGGGCCCCAAGGCCAGCAAGGAAGACCGGGCGCUGACUGUGCGUGGGGAGGGGCAGCAAGCCUCACCCACCCCCGUGCCUGCCCGCAUCCGCGAGAUUGUGGCCAGCAGCCUGGGCGGCGAGUCAGCCCAAGGGGUGCAGCAGCUGCCCGCUGCCCUGGCCCGCGUGCAGGAGGAGAGCGAGCUGCUGCAGGAGGAGCUGACCCGGCUGGAGGGCUUGCUGGCCCAGGCAGGUGCCGAGCGGGAGGACCUGGCCAGCAGGUGCCACGUGGUCAGCGCGCGGCUGCAGGCCCAGCUGGAGACCACCAAAGCGCGGCUGCAGAGGUCGGAGCUGGAGCACAGUGUGGACUUGGAGGAGACCCUGGGCCGCCUGGAGGCCUCGGAGCAGAGGAGUGCUGGCCUCGCCCAGGUGAAUGCCCUCCUGCGAGGACAGCUGGAGCACAUGCAGAAGGCCAACGACAGGCUGGCCCAGGAGCUGGCCAGGGUGGCAGGCAGUGUGGUUCACCUGCAGCGGCAGCUGGAGCUGAGGGGGGCAUGGCGCUGGGCCGAGACACAGGCCCGGCCGCCAGGCCCCAGGGUGCCCCAGGACUUGCUCCUCCUGUGGAGACAGGCUGUGGCACUGCAGGCACAGCUGACAGAACUUCGGGGGGCCACUGAGAGGGGUCUUGCAGACUUGCGAGCAGACACGGCCAGGACAGCGUGGCGCCUGCACACGGCCUGCCUCAGCCUGGACUCCAACUUGCGCCUGGCAGCCGACAGUGCAGCCAGUGCCCUGGAGCAGCGGCUGCGGGAGCAGGUCCGAGAGACGCUGGAGCUGCAGGGCCGCUGGGAUGCAGAGAAGGUGGCGCUCCAGGCCAGGCUCUCUGAGCAGAUGCUGCUGGUGGAGGAGCUCACGGAGCAGAGCGAGCGGAGGGAGAGGACCCUCGCAUCCCCCAGGCCGGACGUCCAGAACCUGGACUCCUGGCAGCGCAGCGGGGGCCGCCUGGCAGAAGACACCCUGCGGACCGAGGUCCAGUCCCUGCGGGCCGAGGUGCAGUCCCUGCGGAGCGUCUUGACCAGCAUCGAGGAGAUGGUCCAGGCGGACGCCGGGAGCCCGGAGCAGGCGUGGAGCAGUGGCGCUGAAGGCAAGGAGGUGCGGGGCCGACAGAGGAGCCCCCCACAAGCCCCGUCCCCUCCACAGGCCUGCUCCCCAGCCAGCCUGGACCCAUCGCUGCAGGUCGUGGGAGCAGCCAUGGAGAGGCGAAGACAGCGAGAGCAGGAGCUGCGCCUGCAGCUGGAGUCCUCUCGGGCCGUGGCUGCCCAGCUCCGAGAGCAGCUGUCUGCGUGCAAACGGGAGCUGCGGGCCUCUCGGAGGCUCCUGCAGGACAGGGCGCAGGAGCACGAGGACCUCCUGGGCCAGCUGGAGGUGCAGAAGCAGGAGGCGCGGCGCUGCCAGACGUCUGCUGAGCUCUUGGGAAGGGAGAAGGUGGCCCUGGAGAUGGAGGUGGAGGAGCUGAGAGGGGAGACAGGCAUCCUGGAUGCAGAGAGGCAGAGGCUGGAGGCAGCCAGCGCGGAGCUGCAGAGGAGCCUGGUGCUGCGAGCAGAGCGGAGCCAGGGGCGCCUGGAGCAGCUGGAGGAGAAGGUCUCCUUGCUCAGGAAGGAGCUAGCAUCGGCCCAGGAGGCGCUGAGCGUGGCCCAGCUGCAGAGGGAUAUGUCAGAGAGCGAGCGGGAGAGCCUGCGUGGCACCCUGGCCCGGGCCGAGUCCAGCAAUGCUGACCUGGAGCUGCUGGUGACGCGGCUGAAGUCGGAGGGGGUAGAGCAGCGGGACUCGCUGGCCAUGAUGGCCACCCUGGUGGAACAGCUGGCCGAGGAUAAAGGCUCCCUGAACCACCUGGUGCUCCAGCUGGAGCAAGAGCGGGACCAGCUGCGGGAGCAGAGGACGACCCUGGAGCGGGGGCAGGCAGGCGCUGCGGAGGAGCUGGCGAGGGCCGAGCAGCAGCUGGAGCGUGUGUGGGCCGAGCAGCAAGGCCUUCAGGAGGCAUGUGGGCGCCUGGAGCAGCAGCAGGAGCAGCUGGAAGGGCAGGUGGCCCAGCUCGGGCGAGAGAGGGCCCAGCUCCAGGAGCAGGUGGGCCAGGUCACAAGCAAGAAACAAGCCCUGGAGGAGCAGCUGGCACAGAGCCUGCAGGACCAAGAGGCCCAGAUGGAUACUCUGCAGCAGGCCCUGCAGGAGAAGGGUGCUUUGUCUGAGGAGCGGGCCCACCUGUUGGCCAAGCAGGAGGCCCUGGAGAGGCAAGGCCAUCUCUCAGCGGAGGAGGCAGCUGAUCUCAGGGCCCAGAGGGACUCUCUGGAGAGCAGCCUCUUUGAGAGCCAACAACUGGUGACACAGCUGCAGGCCGAGCAGAAGCAGCUGGAGGAGGAGGCCCUGAGCACUUGUCUGGCUCACCAGGCCCUGCAAGUGGAGAUGGAGCAGCUGCGGAGCAACUGGGAGGCGCAGGCGAUGAGGCUGCGGUGGGAUGCAGGGCGGCUGCAGCAGCAGGUGGCCCAACAGAAGCGGGACACACAGCUGGCCCUGGAGAGCCAGGCGAUGAUGCACCAGGAGGACCUAGCUUGGCUCCAGAGGGAGAAGGAGACUCUCAGUCUGAGCCUUGCACACCAGCAGAAGCAGGAGAAGGAGCUGGUGGCAAAAUGUACAGCCGAGAGGGAGGCUCUAGAGGAAGAAAUUCAGAGGCUGAAGCAGGAGCGGGAUGAGAGCCUCCUCCAGCUGGAGCACAAGAUGCAACAGGCCCUGUCUGCGAAGGAUGUGGAGAAGAACCAGCUGCUCGAGGAGCACUCCAGGGCCAUGCAGGAGCUGGAACGGGUGCAGCAGGAGGCCCAGGGCCAGCAGGUCCACGCUGAGGUCACCAUCAGUACCCUGACCGAGGAGCUGAGGACCUUGCAGGCCCAGUUCGAGGGCACCAUCUCCGCCCAUCAGCAAGAGGCCACGGAGCUGAGUGAAAGCCUCCGGGAGACAGCAGCCCAGCGGAGUGACGUGCGGAGAGAGGCCGAGAAGCUGCAGGCCCAGCUAAGUGUGGCCCAGGAAGCGCAGGCCAGGCUGCGCCUGGAGCUGCAGGGCAGUGAGGAGAGGCUCGAGGGGCUGCGCAGGGAGGCCCUGGAAGCCCACCAGGCACUGGGUGACGAGGCCCAUGAGAAGGAUGCGCUGCAGUGCUCCAACGCCGCGCUUCGGGCCGCCCUCCACAGGGCCGAACAGGACAAGGCCAGUUUAAAGCGGACCAACGAGGAGCAGGAGCAGAAGCUGCGAGCGCAGGACGAGGUCCAGGCAGCAGCCCAGGAGGAGACCAGCGAGCUGCGGGCCAGGGUGCAGGCCCUGGCGUGGGCACAGGGGGAGGCCCGUCAGGAGCUGCAGGCGUGCCGCAGGCAGGUGAGGACACUGGAGGCUGAGAAGCAGAGGCAGAGCAGAGAGGUGAGCGUGCUGCAGGCCCAGUGCCCACAGGAUGCCCAGCGACAGCAGCGGAGCCAGCAGGCGGCGCUGCAGUUGCAGAGACAGGUGGCAGGGGCUGAGGCUGCCCUCAGGGAUGCCCAGAAGGAGGUCCUGGGCCUGCAGCGGAAGCUGGCAGAGGCCAAGGUCACAGGCGAAGCCCGGGCCAGGAAGCUGGAGGGGCUGCUCUCUGAGAGCCAAGGGGCCACGCACAGUCUGCAGGCCGAGCUGCGCAGCGCCACCAGGAGGCUGCAGCAGGCCAGCAGCCGGGCCGACAGCCUCCAGGGCCGCCUGGACAAUGCCUGUGGCCGGGUGCACAGCCUGGAGCGAGAGCUGGCCGGAGCCCAGGCCGCCCAGCGGCAUGCGGAGUCUCAGCUGGGCCGGCUGUGCUCUGUGCUUCACCACAGCCUGGGGCUCUGGGGACGGAGCACAGCAGUCUCCCCUCAGCACCUCGGGUCCCCAGCGAGAGGCUCCGGAGGCCCCCGGGUCCACCCCGAGCAGCAGAGUGCCUGCACCUGCGCUGGGCCUCGCUCCCUGCGACCAUCACCUGCACCCGGAGACCCUGGCCCAGAGCUCAUGGACGUGGCCUCGGUGCAGGACGCCCUGCGGGGCUUGGUGCAGAAGCUUCGGGACACCCAGCGGGAGCGGGACGACUGCCGAGUCCAGGUGGCCGGCCUCAGCAGCCGGCUGAGUGUGGCGGAGCGGGAGCGUGCCCGAGCCCAGGGCCGCAUACGGCAGCUGCAGAGGGCGCUGGCCGAGGCCCAGGAAGGCCUGCGCCAGGCAGAGGGUGCACUGGGCAGUGCCCAGGCAGCACGGGACCUGCAGAAGGAGGCCCUCCUGAAGCUGCAGACGGAGCACCUGGCCAGCACGCGGGCGGCGGCUCAGGACAGGCGGCGGCUGCAGAUGGAGCAGGAAGUGCCAGCCACUGAGAAGGGGCAGCUGGGCCAGUCCCUGAGUAGCCUGCACCAGGAGGUGGAUGGGGCCCUGCGGCAGAACCAGCGGCUGCAGGCCCAGCUGCAGGCCACACGGGCCCUGGCGUCCCGAGAGCAGAUCCACCAGCGGUGGAUGAAGGGGCUGGAGCAGCAGGUGGCCAGCCUGAAGGAGCAGCUGGACCAGGAAGUGCGGCAACGGCCACAUGGCCACCUCCACCAGGCCUCCCGGGCCAGGCAGUGAGCCCACUGCAGACACUGCACAGCUCGGCUGCCUGCAGCCCUGAGCAGCCGGACACGGGCUCCUCCGGGCAGGGGACCCAGGCGGCCGAGGACCUGGGCUGAGAAAGCUCAGCGGUGCUGCAGAGGGGGCAGUGCAGGAGGGACACAGGCACCUGGCCAGAGCUGCCUACCCACUCCCUGGGGCACUCUGGCCCCACCGGGGCUCUGCCGCUGGCUGGGCUGGCCCGGCUGCCGGUCACUCCUCUCCAGCACCCUUCCUGCCACAGGGAGCAGGCUGUGGAUGCCUCCUCAGCCCGCCCUUGGCGUGGCGCUCAUUUCCGCUUCGGACCUGCCGUUCUUGCCAGGACCUGGUGGCCGGGUCUUGCCAGGCAGGCUUCCUUGGCCACAGGCUGCAUUCCCAGCCUCGCUCUGUAAACACCGGGAAGCACGUGGGAAACAUUUCCACCAACACGAGCCAAAAACACAAUGUCCCGCAAGGCCAGCCGCCACAUCCCACGUCCAGAGGCUGUGGAACCUCCUGAGUCCAGGAACUGCCUCCUGUCACGGUGGCAGGUGGCUGGAAAUGACUCAGAUUCGAGUCCCUGUGACUCACUGGCCACAAGAGGUACUAAAGUGUGAAAUCUGAAGUUGUUCCAGAGGUUCCUGCAUCCCCAGUGGGGAGACACUGGGAAAAUUCCUGUGAGUUGCCACAGGGGUCUGUUACAGCCACCUGCUGGCCUCUUCCCUGGUCUCCCCAAGGAACUGGUCAGUGAUGCACCUUCCUCUGCUCUCACAUUGUAAGCAGCACCUUUAGGGCCAGGCACCAGGCCACAGGAAAAUCCUGUGUGCCUUGGCCCAGGCUGCCCUCAGGGCCCGGGCAUGGGAUGCCACCCACUCUGCCCACCAUGAGCCAUGACCACGCUGUCAGAGGCUGUCCUCUCUGGUCAGCCCUGGGACCUACUUGAACUUAGUAAGGGAGUGACACAUUCUAAGUCCCCAAAGCCAGGGCCGGGCAGGUGACCAGAGGCCCCCUGGCCUGUCCACGCUGCUCGCUCAUCAGUGGCAGAGUAAGAAGGAUCCACAGCUCAGCCCAGCUCUGAUGGGAGGCUCCAGGCACAGGAGCUAGUGGUGGCAGGAUGCCCUGAUGGCUAUGUGCCCACCACAGUGGCCAGGCAUGGGCAGCGGUGAGCCACUGGAGCAGAGCUUGCUUGCCCUGGUGCCAGGCGGUGUCCUGCAAAACACAGCAUGUGGCAGAUUUGUCUGCCUCCUCCCUCUGCACCCACCUGGAGGACAGCAGGGCCCUCCGGGAGGUGAGGGUAGAGAACUGGGUGGGCAAGGAGGAAGAAGGCCUGGACACCUGCCCUGAGCCACACCCAGAGUCUGAGGGGAGGGGACCGUGACAGCCCCACAGUGGCCUGCUCCCCAGAACUCUGGAGAAAGCGGGGCCCGGCCUCCGAGAGGCCGCCACAGUGACAUUCAUCCCACAAGCAUGGGCAGCCUCGCAGGUGUCUGCGGGGCUCCGAGGUGACCCUCAGGCCUGGUGCCUGCAGGGGACAGGCCCCAGGGUGCCUUAUGGACACUGGAUUUCCACACAGCUUUGCGCCCUAGGGCCCAUGUGCGGCUCCUUAGGUGGCCUCGGGGGCCUUCACAGCUCCAAACCGAAUCUUUGGGGGCCACCCCCCAGGUGUGGCUCAGGCUCAAUGUUCCCACCCUUACACAGCUCAGGACUGGCAUUGCAAAAAAAUAAAUCACAGAGAAUCAGAACAUAAAGAUCAUAACCAACCCCAACAUCAAGGUGGACCCCACGUGGCCUGUUCCCUGCAGGUACCAGGCCUUAGGGCCCCUUCUUUCCUUUGUCUAGCAUGCAGGUUCGUGGGACAGUUGAGGUCAUACCUUGUGAGCUACUUGGAACAUUACCUUUUGAAAGCCAGUUUUACUGUUGUAAUGAGAUUAGGGUUUUUCCAUGUCGUUAAAAAUGCCUCUGAAGCACAACUGUCAGCCGAGCUAGCUCCAGGGACCACGAGGGAAGCAGAACAGACGGGACUGUCUCUACAGGGCCCAGGAUGCCUCCUGGAGCCCAGUCACCCUGGCCCCAUGUGCAGCCCCUGCCGAGGCAGAGGGGAUGAGCCAGUGCUCAGGAGGCUCGGGUCUCCAUCCCCCGAGGGCAGGAGCACCAGCGCCUGUGCCACCUGCAGCAUCUGCUGCCUCCCUCUUUCCUCAGCACCAAGCAACAUCGCCUCUGGGGAAGUAAAUGCCAAGCCCCACUGGCUCCUCCCCAGGAGGAGCUGAGGUCCUGCAUGGGUGGCAGGCAUGGGGCUGCGAGUGCACACGGUGAGGAGCGGGUCGGGCUGUGCCGUCCCCUGCCUGCCCCACACAGCCUCACGGGUGGGGGAUCCACAGGUGCUGUCCCCUCUCCCCUGUCCUGCUUCUCUCCCCUGGACUGGGGAGGUUUACUGGGGGCCGGACCUCUGGCUGCACCCAUGGGGUGGGAACGCCAGGGACCACCUGGUGGGACCAGCUGGGGGCCCCUUGCUUCGCCGCCACCUCUGGUCCUGUGGGACUGGAGACCAAGCCCAGUUCUCCUUCCCUUCCCACCGGGUGCCCAAGUCCUGAGUGGCCUGGGGUGGCUCCGGGGCUCCCUGUCUAUGCUGCACACAAAUCAGGCCCUAAAUUAAAGUGCCACAGGGCCACGGGGCAGGCUCCAGUUUCCUGCCACAGAACAUGAGCCCGCUUGAUAAAGCAACUUUGGUUUUGAUAAAUGUGGAUUUUCUGUGGCAGAGACAAAGGCGCCCUUGAGCCCAGAGGGACCUAAAACAGCACAGUGCUGAAAAGUAUUUCCUGAUCAUAUUUUUAGCACCUGAAAAAAAAACACAUUUUUUUCUCC